CAUAACAACCUUCUGAAGAUGAUGGAGUGUCAGGGAAGGUGGAGACGGUUCUCUUCAGCCUGGCUUCUCAUUCUGGGGGUAUUUGCUUUGAGAGAUACCCAGGCAGUCCACCACAGGCAUGUGGGUCAGUUCACUGCAGUGGGCACAGCCCAGUCUCUCUUGGAGAUAAAUGGAAUCAGCUUCAUGGAUGAUGUUGAAUUGGGAUCCUAUAACAAUGUACAGCCUAAAAUUACUAUCAAGAUACCCUGGAUGCCCCUAGCACUGGGAAUCGAUUACCUUAUCCAGAAGCGACAUUUAUUGGUGGAUCAUGAACAACAUUUCCGCUGGGUCAUCCAAUACUUAGCAAAGAAUGACACUGACCCUAACAGAAACCACACAGGGCAGCUCCUUGCAGACUGUGAAAUAGAUGAUGACAUCAAGGUAAAGAGCCAUGUCCAUUUAAUUUGGGAUGGAGAGGAAUAUUAUAGGAUUGAUGAAGAAGUUGGGCACUGGGAGAACUUAAAGCCUGAAGUCAAGAAAUACCAGCACAUUCUGGAAAGCCCCUUCUGGACCAAUCUAAGGAAACAAUACAUGGAUGAAUAUUGCAUUGAUUGGAUGAGGAAAAUCGUGGGGUACUCAAGCUUAAGGGACAAUGUGCCCCCUGAGGUGACUGUAUCUCAACGUGUCAAUCCAGAAGGCAGCAGCAUUCUCUCCUGCACGGCCAGAGGUUUCUACCCUCAGUCCAUCCUACUGCGUUGGGAGAAGAAUGGGGAGCUGGGUGUAUGGGGAAAGGAGACUUCCAGUGGCAUCCUACCCAAUGUGGAUUCCACUUUCUACCUCCAAGUUACCUUAGAGCUCCCACCAAAUGACUCAGGGAUGAAUUAUACCUGUAUCAUAGAACAUGUUGAGUUAAAGAUGCCUGCUGUGUAUCCAGUCCCUGAAAAGCCCACAAUGUUGAAGCCUUGGGUCCUGGCAGUGGCCAUUGUUUUGACUUUCUUCCUACUUCUGAGUUGUGCUGGAGCCUUCAUCACAUGGAAGAAGAGGAAGUCAGGUUCAGCAGGUCACCUAGAAGUAUCUUUUAUUUCUACUGCUUCUCCUACUUCUCCACCACAAUAAAGGAAUGAAUUAUACCAAGGACAAGAUUCCAG